AAGAUAAUGAAGAUAAUAAAGAUAAUGUUAUAGAUAAUGAUGAAAAUUUAAUAGAUGAAAAUGAUGAAGAAUUUGAAAAUGAAAGUAUUAAUCAAUUAGAUAUUGAAAAUAAGUUUGAUGAAUGUCUUCAAGGUUGA